AGCCUGGCUUGACGAGGAGCGCGCGGGAGAGGCCUCGCGCUGGUACAGGAGCGGGGAGGGCGAGGCGUGAAGGAAGGAGUCCGUGUGGAGAUUAUGGCGGGCUUUGCGGAGACGGAGGUGGACAUGGAGAUGAUGAGGGAGACCAUGGAGAUGAAGGAGGCGGUCAUCUCGUACUUGGACAGGAGCGGAGGACUAGCGCGCCUCGUCCGGGACUGUGAGGCUUUCGGCGGCUCCCAGCAGACCGAGGCCAUAUGCCGCUUCUGUGUGAGUGUGAGACCCUCCGAGGUGAUGGACACGGAUGCCCGGCUGGGGGACUGUGUCCUGCACCGUCCCCUCCAAGCCACGGCCCUCUUCCAGUCCGUGUGUUUCCUGGCCAUCAAGACUCUGUCCUUGAUUAAGAAAAUACACACCGAAAACCAGGUGAAUGUGGUGCUGAGGCUGGUGAACUUGCCACCACUCCCCGGGUACUCGCUGGAUCUCUGUGAGUUCCCGCGUGGGUAUGGUCCCAUGCGUCCCCUCCUUGUGGAGGGACUGGUGGUGGCCAUGACCCGUAUCACCAAGUACACUCAAGGGGCCCGGUUCCUCUGCACAGAGGCCACCUGCCCCUGCUCCACAGGGUUUCACCACAUCCGAGUGCAUGCCCCAGGGGCUACGGAGUCCGCCACAGUGAGAAGUGAUUUCACCUGCAAGCUGUGCUCCUCACCGCUCGUAGAGGAUGUGAAGUUCAGGGUCCUUGGGGACAAGCAGCUGGUAGAGGUAAUUCAUGCAAGUGCUGUGGAUGUCUUGGGUGUCCAGCCCCCCUGUUCUGUGAGGUUCCAGUCUGUGACCUUGUUCCUGAGAGAUGAACUGUGCAACUCAAUGAAAAUUGGCAGGCUGUACAGAGUGGUGGGGAUCCCAGCAUACGUUCACCAAUGGCCACAUGUCAUUUGGAGUGUAGAGGCCAGCAGCAUACAGCCAUGGGGGCCAAAACGUUCCGGGAUUGUCAGUGGUAACUUCCGGUCCUUGCUGGCAGCCACUGCCUGCUCACCUUGGAGGUUCUCAGCUGUUGUGUCAAACAUGUUUGGGUCACCUGUGGUUCCACCUGGAUACUUCAGCACCUUGAAGCUGUGUCUGCUGCUGAGCUUGGUGCAGACCGAGGGGGACGACGCUCACCCAUUCCACCACCUGGAUGUUCUGGCUCUCACCAAUGACUCUCUUGUCAUAGACAGGCUGAUGACCUACGGCCUGGGCCUUGCAAGUCGGGGGAUACGACACCAAGUGACAAGGGAGAUACAAGCCUCGCUGUCUGAAGAUGCGCAUGGCGCUGGCACUGCCAACAUCCAUGGUGGUGAUGCAUUGCUGGCCAGUGGGGGCAUCUGCCUGCUGGGGGACUUGGCUAUCUACAGGAAGGAUAAGAUAGAUGCACUCCAGUCAGCAUUGGAGACGAGGACUGCGACUGUUUUCAUCCCAGGGAAGAAGUACGGGGAGGAUGCCUGCCAACAGCUCUCGUUCCAAAUCCAGUGCAACUUCUGGGCUCUAGAUGAUGUUGCCACUCCUACCAAGAGAGUCUUUAAAGGCAACAGUGGUGUAGUGGGCUCAGUGGAAAUGGGCUUGGUUCCUGCACAGAUCGCGGAGGCCUUUGGGCUGGUGAUUCAGUGCCGCAGUGAUCGUUAUCAGUUUCCUCUGACCAUCCACACUCUAAGACAGGCUGUCACACCUGGGGAACCCCUGUAUCCUGCCUGCAUGCAGUUCACAACACAAGACUACCAAGAGCUCCUUGCUUAUGCAAGAGGGCUGCAGGUAGAACUCAGCCCCCAGGCAGAGAAGAUGAUACAUGGUUACUACAUGGCCAGUCGCAGGGUUCGCUCCAUGCUGUCCGUCACAUCACUCAGACUCCUGAUCUCGCUGGCGGAGGCACACAGCAAACUGAGUCUGAGGACCAAGGUCCUGCAGGAGGAUGCUGUGUUAGCUGUGUUGUUGUGUGAGGCUACAUUGACUCUGAAGUAUGGUGCUUCUGCGCUUGUCCUUCCUCCUGAUGCCCUGUUUCCCUGUGCCCUCCAUGAUGUGGAAUCCCUGCAUAGGAGGGAUGUGGCCCUUCAGCAGCUACAACAACAGAUCCUGAAGUUUGUAUACAGUUAUGCUCCAGACAGCACCAGUUACACCGCUAAGGAAUAGUCGAAAAAAAAAGCCUCUGCUGUCCACUAGGUGGCAGUAGUUCCC